AUGGCGGACGCAGACGAAGAUGCGAUCCCGACCACGUCGCACUUCGGCGCCGAAGACCUCGAAGAUGAAACCCAAGACUUUCGCUUCCUCGCCCAGUUGACCUCCUCCUCGUCGUCGGGCAUCGGGCAAGCGAUCAUCCCCAAGCGAGGCACCAAAGACUUCGAGCCCAACCCGACCCGCUCCCAAGCGUCAGCUCUCGACGCGGCCCGGCUGGCCAUGCAUACUGCCCUCAGUGCGGUACGGGUACAUGCUGGGAAGAAUCACCUCGUAGGCCAAUUUCUGCCGAACGAAGAGGACUGGCGAUGGGACGAGAACGGGUCCGGCGUCAGACACGGCAGAUGUGUCGUGGUGUAUAAAUUCAAGAGCACGCAUCUGAAAGUCAUGGGCCAGGCGGACAGGAACAAUUGGGUCUGGCUUCUGCCCGAGGAGGCGCUGUUUUUGCUGGAAAGAGGAAGCCUGGAUAUCAGGUGGCCGGAUCCUUUGGGUGGUGAGAAUGACGGUACAUCUGCUGCUCUCGAAGAGACCAUUCAUGCAGUGUCGGAGGGGGAUUUCCAGCACCAAUCGAGUCAAGCAGGGUCAGAGCCGGAGACGGCCACAGAAACGAGUACACCGGCCGAACAAUCGGAGAUCGUUCAUGCUGAGUCCUCUCUGCGGCAGGAGGACCCGGAAGUCUGUGAACUUCCCAUGAGUCUGCAAGGCGCCUAUGCCAGCUUCAUAGGCAAGGACGGCUUGACGUUGGAACGAUACAGUGUCUACGCAGGGCUCAAGAGAGCAGGCUACGUCGUUCAACGAGCGCCGACCUGGCAUGACACCGAUCCUGCUCCGGUCAACGGACAUGCCGAUGAUCAGGUUUCCCAUGGCUCGACACACAACGCACCGACAACCACUUCAUCAAGUUCCGCAUCUACUUCCACCCUCGUAUCGUCGCAGCCGUCCAGACCAUUCGCAGCAAGCCCGGCCAGUCUCAUUCAUAGACUAGUGUCAUGGCUGUUCCGGCCGCGACAAGGAGAAUCAUGCCCUUCACUUGGCCCUCUGGUCGCUCCAGGCCUGUACAGGAACUACGCCGACAUUUUCCGGGCUCUGGCCCUGAUUCCGUACCACGAUCCCACCAACUCCCCCAAAACAACAACAGUCACAACUCACUCUCUCACUGGAGAUACUUCUACACCCACAUCCUUACCUUCGACCACCAGCGAUGAUCCCUCCUCUUCAGCCUCAACCCGCAAUCCACAACCUCCUUUCCGAGUCCAUUUCCACGUCUGGAAACCCAGUGGCGCACAUGCAUAUCGCAAAACCGCACCUCCGCCGCCCGACUACCGCAUCGCCGUCGUCGACGCGCGAACCACCUCGCUCCCCACCCUCACGCAGAUCGGCGACCUUCUCGACUCGCAGCCGGAGGAUGCUCUGUCCAGAGACAAGGCCGGCAGACUGGAGACGCGCAUCAAGCAUGGUCGCAGAAACGUUCUUCUCGCGGUCGUAGAUAUGGGUGUCAUCAGCUAUCUGCGGUUGAGUGAUGCUUGUUUUGGCGUGGAGAAACUGUUCGAGGAGAAAGCGAAGGCUGGGUCCAAGGGAAGGGGGAAGGGAAAGGGGCCGGGGAAAGGUGGAUGGCGCGGCAAGAAAGGACAGACGCAAGGGCAGGCACAGAAACAGCCACAGGAGAACAGGAGCUGA